AUGAACUCUGUUUGUCUCUUAUAUACUAUUUACCCCCAAAAAGAAAAUGUUUGUAGCGUAUGUAAACAAAAGAAAAACGCCCCCCAGAAAAAACCAUGUCCACCACCAUGCAAGUAUUGUCAAACACUGCCAAUGGCAACAAAGAGAAAAGUGUACAUUACACUAUCAGAGUCUGCAACCAAGAUAGUAGAUCUACUCCCGUCCAAUAAGGGAAGACAGUCGUUAGUACUAGGUUUAAUCGAGGCAUAUAAAUUGAUAGACUUGUGUGAUGGAACUAUAGAUAUUUAUCCCGCUCAAACUAAAGAUCUUACAACAUAUCACGACGACGAGUUUGUUAAACAUUUGAUGGGACCUCGAACAUUUCUAGAUAAAAAUUUCAACAAAAUUGAUAAGGCAGAAACAGAUUUAACAAAUGUUGUAAUAGAGGAAAAUGAUCUAGAUGAGAAAUAUGGACUAACUUUCGAUUGUUAUCCAUUCCCAUCUUUGGACUUAUAUGUGCAGUUAACUGCAGCUUCUAGUAUAAAUGCUGCUAGAAAAAUAGUUCAACAGGUCAAGGAAACCAAUGAUCAAAUAAUUGCAGUGAAUUGGUAUGGAGGAAGACACCAUUGCCACAAAUCUCAUGCAGCUGGGUUCUGCUAUGUGAAUGAUGUGGUACUAUCAAUUAAUAUUCUACGUAAAAAUUUGGGUUCUGUGUUUUAUCUUGAUUUAGAUUUGCAUCAUGGGGAUGGGGUUGAAAACGCAUUCAAGUUUUCCAAAAAAGUUGCUACUUGUUCGAUACAUAGAUAUGAUAUUGGAUUCUAUCCUGGUACUGGGAGUUUAAAAAGCUCUAGGGAGAAUACAUACAAUAUUCCAACUGAGAAGGGGCUAAAUGAUUCUAGUAUGUUAUGGAUAAUCAAAGAAAUUGUAGCUCCCUUGAUACUGAAUUUUGGCCCAAGGGCUAUUGUCAUUCAAUGUGGUUGUGAUGGAUUGGCUCUAGAUACACAUAAGGAAUGGAAUAUGACUAUUAAGGGGUAUCGUGACAGUAUAGACUGGAUACUAAGUCAUUUUAGUGAAAUUCCAAUAAUGUUAUUAGGUGGUGGAGGGUACAGCCAUACAGAGACAGCAAAAUGUUGGACAUAUCUUACAGGUCUGGUUCUAGGGGUCAGUGAUAUCGAUACAUGGGAUAUACUACCAGAACACAAAAAUUUAGAUGCAUAUGAAAAAGAUGGUUUCAGAUUUUGGACGGAUCACAAUUCAGGUCCUAGUAAAAUGAAAGAUCACAAUAGUGUAGAAUAUUUAAAUGACAUUAAAACCCAUUUAUUGUCUCUAUAA